AUGUCCCUCGCCAUUGGGGAAGCCUGCAUGUUGUGGCUUUACGUCAAGCAGACCUACCAGGGUUACCACUACUACGACGUUCCGACCUUGACAGACCAGGAGAGGGUACUGGGUUCGAAGUAUGACCUUGCAAACCAGCUGCUGUAUAACCCUAUCCUGGCACUCGUCAAGGCUUCGGUCCUCAUCUUCCUCUGGCGGCUCGAAGACCGCCGCAAGAUUAUUCAAUGGUCAAUCAAGGGCCUCUUUGCUCUCAACCUCUGCCUGUUGAUAUCUCAAUUCUUCGUGGUCAUGUUCCAGUGCUCGCCUAUGAACUACUACUGGGACCAUUGGACCAUGGACGAGUACGGGCCCCCCGAUCCAGAAACCGGGAUACCGCCCGUCACAGUGCCCGGCGGAACUUGCAUCGACCAGGUCAAGUUCUACCUCAUCUCGCCCGGUUUGGCCGUGCUCACGGACAUCCUCAUCCUACUCAUUCCAGCCGCCAUGGUGUGGAACCUGCGUAUGCCGAGGAAGAAGAAGAUUGCCGUCUGGGCUGUGCUGUCGCUGGGGUGGAUCGUCGCAAUCAUCGGUCUCGUCCGCCUCGUCCUAUACUACUUCCGCUUCCGACCCGACUACCGUGACCGAAGCCACAGCCUCACCCUCACCACCUCGGGCAUGGAAGUCAGCAUCGCCAUCAUCGCCUCCUGCGGACCCGCCAUCAAAGCCCUCAUGACCCGCUUCAUGCCCAACCUCUUCAACAGCACACAGACCAACUCGGCGCGCGGCACCUCAAGCGGCAACGUCUUCUACUCUCCACAGGCCUACGCGCGCGGCCGCUCCCCCGGUUUCGGCACCAAGACCGACAGCAGACCGCAGGAUUCCCACUACGGUCUGCGGGAUCUGGGGCCCGAUGGCAGGGAGACGGACGGGGAUAGCCAGGAGGCGAUUGUGCGGACGGAGAGUCUGGCGAUGAAGCGGGAUGAUUUUGACUUCGGGCUCGAGGACGCGCAGGUUGCGGAGCCGCGGAAGGUGUUUUGGCAUCGGCCUUCUGAGUGA